UUUCACUUGUAGAAUGUGACACUUUUUACACUCGUAAUGAAAUGGACAAUAUUGAACGUUGGAGGGAGAAAGAGAAGAAAGAAGUAAAAUGUAAAAAAGAUGCAGCUAUAAGAAAACAGAUCCAAUUGAUAAAGAUGUAAACGAUAUACAUAUGCGUCAUCUUUACUGCGAGAGAACGUGAUAUAGUGACGAAUGGCAGAACUCCGAAGAAAAUUGGUAUCUUGAGAAGUGCGGAGAAGGGAAAACACGCCAUUCGCGGCCAUUUAAAGAAAGAUAUGCGCGGAUAGGAGCGCGAUAAGGGGGUGCAGAUAAAAACACCUGUUGCUGUCGACCGAGGUGUCGGGUGUGAUCGCGAUGGCUCAUUUGCUCAAAAAUCUUACCAACAGCAUCUGGCACGCGUUUCACGCGUUGCAGGCCGACGCCACCAACACCGUCGCGAAGUCGAAAUUAAAGGUGUUGACAGCCAAUAUUGGUACGUUGAUGGACUUGUAUGGAGUGGAAAAGGGUCUGGAACAUUACCGGAGUACACAGAGUUUAACAUUUGAUCAUUAUAUUUACUAUUUACAGAAAGAAGUGUUUUCUUCUGUGACUGAUACUGCGUCUAUAGAAACACUGAGAACAUUGGAGGAGGGAAUAGAUGAGAUCUGUUGGCUGGUCUGCAAAAAACUCUAUUUGGAGAGAUCCCAUCCCGUCUUUGAGGAUCACAGUGUUUACCAGUUGUUCAGAAUUUACUGUCUUCUGGCUGAAACAGAGUCAGAUGCAAUGGAUUCUUAUCUGGUAACAAUGCACGGAGAUGAGGUGGCGCGGGUUGCAUCUCAUCUGGUGAUGUCUUUAGGCCUGCAGUGGGACGCGGCGGACUUCUCUGCUUUAUCAGCGGCAAUCGGAAUGUUUAGGUUCCCGACGUUUCUGGCAGUUCUGGAAUCCAAAUAUAGCGGUGGCAAUACCCUGGACACCGUUGCGCUGACAGAGGCGAUCGACGAUCUCUUUCAGAUUUACGUGGAGAACGUGGUGAAAAAGGGCUACUUGAUGAAGAAAGGCUUUCUACUGCCCACAUUACGAUAUUUCUGGUUCGUGCUGCGCCCUGGUGAAUUGACAUAUUAUAAAGAUCGUCAGCAGAAGGAGCCGUCCGGCUUGAUAUUGUUGAACACCAACUGUUGGGCCGACACUCUGACAAACAGUGGCAAGCCUGACAGAAGAUUCGUGCUCAGCACUCCCGAACACAGAUGCAUAGAACUGGUUGCGGAGGAUCACAAGGGCAGACUGCAGUGGCUCGCGGCGCUACAGACGGCCAUUCAACAUUCGGGCGAGAAGAUCGGCUACCAGAGAAGUUUGGCGAAUCAGAGGAGAUCUUUGCGACAAGCUACUAAACAGGAGAAAGAGGAGACCAGACUGGAAUUGCAACACGAGAGGCAAGCUAGGAUCGCCGCUGAAAUACAGGCUCGGAAAUUGGAGGCUCUGUCAAAGGAGGAGGGCGCUAAGGUUCAGCAGCUGGAAGACGCAAAGCAGAAACUGGAGAUGCUGCUGCAGGAGGAGAAACAAGCGCUGCGGGAUGAAGAAAUAGUACGAGGCUUGCAAGCGAGAGUAUUGCGCGAAGAAUGGGAGAAGAGAGAGCAGCUGGAAAGGCUGCAGCAGGAGCAGCAGGAAUUGCUGGAGAUGGAGAAGAAUAAGAGACUGGAGUUCGAACGAAUGCAGCAAAAAAACGAGCGGCAGUUGCAAGAUGCCGAAUUACGGCUUCAGCAGCUGGAAACGGAGAGAGAGCAUUUAGACGCCGAGCUGCGCGCUGCGCGCGAAAAGGUGAAGCGCGCCGAGGAGGCUCAACUUCUGCUGGAAACGCAAAUCGUAACGCGUCCUCUGAGAGGAGGCGAGAGGAUUAGACGCACUCAGAGCUUCAUACCGACGACGAAGGAGCGGCCGGUGUCCGUGGAGAAGAUCGACAACAGGCCUCUGACGAUGCAGAAGAAUAUCUGACGCGUUGGAAGCUAAAAAAAAUCAUUGCCUUUAUUGCCUAUUGCAUUUAAGGAUAUAUAUAUAUAUAUAUAUUGCGUUUAAGGUCUUCCACCAAAUAUAAUACAAAGAGCCUAUAGAAACUAUAUGUUUACGUUGCGGGGCAACUACAUAAUAUUUUCGCGAUGAAUGCAAGGGAUUUUUAUACGAGCUUCAAUUAAAGUACGAAAUUCGAUAGUUCCUCAUCCUCGAUGCCUUGCUUCGUCCGCAAUCUUAGCCAGAAAAUGUUUGUAUCGUGUACAAAUGUACGUGAAUCUCUGUUCUUCACCAUCUCGACAAUAUUAUGUUUACUUGUAAAUGUUUAUGAGAUAACAUUAAUUAUCUUGUAAAUGAUAAGAAACAUUUCCAUUUCCAUAUCACGUAUAAAUAUACAGAAUGUUUCACAAAUUUUCGUAUUAGAAUUUUAAACUUCGCGACGCUAUUGCACCAUUCUGGAACAUUCUGUAUAUUCUCUCUAGCUGGUUAUUGUAGUGUAAGAGAAUAUUUAAAUUUAGAUUUACGUCUAAUCUUGUUGAAACGUAUACCAAAUUGUAUUAUCUUUCAAACACGCACGCGAGAAUAUUUUUAUAAAAUUUUAUAAAAUUGAUAGAUUUUAUAAAAUUAAUACAAUAAUUUUUCGAAUAAAAAUUUGACGAUGUCUUAUUCGAGGUGAAUUCGAUAUAAGUCGGAUAAAAGUUUUAUGAGCGACAUAUUUUGUGAUUUUGUAAAGCGACGUAAUGUAUAGAAGUCAGUCGCUAUUGAU